GUCAAGGCCCUGUGUCUACUAUGAAGUCAUAAAGAGAGGUUCUCAUGGCAAUGUAGGCCAUCUCUCAGGUGGCUCUAGUAACCACCUAAUUCAAGAACUCUGUCCACUUCCAGGGCUUUCCAACUAAGGAACUUCAACUACAAAGAAGAUGAGUGACCCAUCAAAAAACAACCAGUGCUGCCCGCCAAGCCCUCCAUGCUGCCCACCCAAGCCAUGCUGCCCACCCAAACCAUGCUGCCCGCAGAAGCCUUGCUGCCCCAAGUCUCCGUGCUGCCCGCCCAAAUCCCCGUGCUGUCCGCCGAAACCGCCCUGUCCGUGUCCGCCGAAACCCCCGUGCUGCCCGCAGAAAUGCUCGUGCUGCCCGAAGAAGUGCACGUGCUGCCCGCAACCUCCGCCUUGCUGCGCUCAGCCCACCUGCUGCUCUGCAGACAGUAAAGCCGAGUCGGAUUCUGAUGCCGCAGCUGGCCAAAAUCAAGACAAGGGCUCUUCAGGGCAACAGUCCCCUCAAGGUGCUCAGAGUGCAUCCUGGAACCAGAAGAAGCCCAACAAGUAGACUGUCUCUGACAACCAUGCCCUUCUUCAAAGGGUGUGGGGUUUGCUACAAGUUAGGCUAAGGCUGUUUUAAAGACGCUGUUUUCACACUAACCAACAAGUCCACCCAAUCAUAAACGUACCUUUUCCAUCCAACCGUAGGCUACUAUUUGCAACUGGAAAUGGAAGGUAGAAAAGGCUGGAAACAUUUUGCCUAGUGAUCCUGACAUUUAGAUAGCAUAGCAAUAAAAGAGCAGUAAAAAAGAA